AUGGCGAUCAAAUCUCCAUCUCCCCUAAAUUUGAGAAGCAAAAUUUCAAAAACCCAUUCUUUUUCCAAAUUCAAAACUAUCAAUUGCUUAACCAAUAGUGAUGAAGUCCCAAUUACUCAUCAAGGGCCCGACAACCGUUUGUUAUUGGACCCAUUCCGACCGUCGCAGUUAGAAACAACUACUUUGGGUCGGCAUAUUGCUCGUCGGUUGAAAGAAAUUGGCGUUAGCGAUGUUUUCACAGUUCCGGGUGACAGUAAUCUAUUGCUCCUCGACCAUAUUAUGGAUGAACCGGGGAUGAAUUUGAUAGGUUGUUGUAAUGAAUUGAAUGCUGGAUAUGCCGCGGAUGGAUAUGCUCGAGGCCGUGGAGUUGGAGCUUGCGUUUUAACGUUUACAGUUGGAGGUUUAAGUGCGAUUAAUGCGAUUGCAGGAGCUUAUAGUGAAAAUGUUCCUGUAAUUUGUAUAGUGGGUUCUCCUAAUACAAAUUAUUAUGGGUCCAAUCUUAAUCUUCAUCAUGCGGUUGACAAAUUAGAUUUCAGUGAAGAGUUUAGCUGUUUCAAGCAUGUUACUUGUCAUCAGGCUGUGGUGAACCGUUUGGAAGACGCGGAAGAAAAAAUAGACCAAGCCAUAAUAGCUGCUCUUGAACACUCUAAGCCUGUUUACAUAAGCAUAAGCUGCAAUCUUCCUACAGUCUCCAUCACUAAACAGAACAUCCCUCUGUUCUUCUCUCCCAAGCUUAGCAAUCCAUUAUCACUAGAAGCAGCUGUUGAAGCCGCGGCAGGGCUAUUAAACAAAGCUGUGAAGCCGGUUUUAGUGGCUGGUCCUGGCAUAGGAACAUCGAAGGCUUGUGAUGCAUUUCUAGGCUUAGCCAAAGCCUGUGGUUAUGCAAUUGCAUACUUACCUUCAUCAAAAGGCAUUAUCCCUGAAAAUCACCCUCGUUUAGCUGGAUGUUAUUGGGGGGCUGUAAGCUCGCCAGCAUGCAAAGAUGUGGUGGAAUCAGCUGAUGCCACCCUUUUUGUAGGACCUCUUUUCGAUGAUAUUCUUUCAGGUGGGCAUACAAUGUCGUUUGUUAAGGAGACUGCAAUUAUGGUUAAGGAAACUAAUGUUGCUUUGGGGAAUGGAGUUGGGAAAUUUGGAGGUGUUAUGAUGCGUGAUUUUCUUGAGGCUUUAACUAAGAAGGUGAAGAUGAAUAAUGGGAGUUAUGAGGAUUAUGUUAGAAGGAGGAGGAACAUGUUGGAUGGAGGAAGUAACGAGCUCCAGGUAGUGGCGCCGGGGUUUAUAAAGACACGGGUUUUGUAUGAACAUAUACAGAAAAUGUUGUCGGAUGAAACAAUUGUUGUCCCUGAUACGGGAGAUUCUUGGUUCCAGUGUAUAAAACUUGCUUUGCCACAUGGUUGCGGGUUCCAAAUACAAAUUCAUUAUGCAUCAUUAGGUUGGUCAAUUGGGGCAACACUUGGGUUGGCACAAGCUGCACCAAACAAAAGGGUAAUCACUUGUGUCGGGGAUGGAGCCUUUCAGGUAUGUGUUUAA